ACGUCGAACUCUGAAUUUGACGCUCGGAGAAAUCGAACUCGAAGUCUCUAAUUUCGAAUACUUUUCGUUAAAAUGAUUGUAGUUUGAAAGGGGAAUUUCCCUCCACAAAACAUAAAAACCAACUCGAAGUACAAAUGUCAAAUUUGCGUCGAAAGAAAAUCCCUAGUUAGUUUGAAAAGUGAAUCACUGAGUAUGUGGCAACUUCUACUCGCCGCAGCGCUAGCAGGAUCCGGGUUGUUCGUUAAGCGCCUCCGUGAUUCCAAUUCUUCGAAAACUCAUUCCGAUUCUUCCUCCAAACCGGCUGUCCAGAUUUCGGAAUGCGAGAAAUCAUCCAUUUUCAGGUUUUCUAGCGCCGAUGAGUCUCCGGUAAAGACAUCGAAAAAAUCGAGAAAGAAAUCGGGCUUUGUGUCCCGCGGUGGAGGUAACGAUGGGAAUGAGAAGCGCGGGGUUGGAGGAUUAGGGUUGGUGGUGGAUUUGAGCAAGAGUAGAAGGAGACUUGUUGUUUGCUUCAACAAUAAGAAGAAGAGAUCAGCUUGUAGAGAUGAGAGUGCACAAUGUCCUCCUAAAGCCUCAGCUGGCUCAUCAUUCGCUUUGGGAUUUGGUGCGGGAUUAAUGUGCAUGAUGUCAGCCAAAUCUGAGAUUAGUAGGCUGAACUCUGUGAUUGAUGAGACUACAAAAGUUGUUCAACAAUUAAAAACUGAGGUUGCUAGCAAGAAAACAGCUCGUCAUCCUGAUAUUUCUUUUUUGGGAGCUGAUGGGAAUGCUAAUAUGAAGAAAAGUAGAAAAAGUUGUUCUCAAUUAUUACUCGAUAAAACAAGCAGUGGAAACAUACUUAAUAGCAGACCUGGUAGCUCUUCUCGAAGUAAUGAAGGUGAAUGUGGAAGUAGUUGUCUUACUGAAGAUUUUCAAUCAGGACUUUUGAUGGAUCAGCUGGAAGCAGAACUUCAAUCAGAACUCCAGAAGCUGCCUUGGUGCACUGCAGAAGCUUCUGUCCCUGAAAGAGGUUCAGAUUAUUUUGAGACUGAAGUUACAACUGAAGAGUUUGACAAACUAGACAACCCAGAUUUGAUAACCUAUGAAGAUAACAGGGUGCUUCCAUCUGAACUGGAUCAGAAAUUACGCCUCCUGCUCCUUGAACAGCAGGAAAGUCAAAUUGCCGAGUUGGAGUCUGAGCUGCAGCAAUCGCAUUCCGAACUUAAUGACAAAGAACUUGAACUCCAGACAUUAAAGGACUGCAUUAGACACCUCACUGAAGUCUCUAUAGAUGGUGAAAUAGAAGCCUGAGAAAAAUUAGUAGGAGAGCAUCAUGGGACCUGAAUCAGAGAAGUUAGGGCCGGCAUCAAAAGGACAAUGGCCAGUGAAAAUUACAUAUAGCUGCUGCACUAAAUGAAUGGUACAGCCAUGUUUUGUUUACUAACAAGUGGUUAUAACGAGUAGGCAGGGUUGAAUCACAGGAUUACAUAAAACUAUGAGAUGCGUGGCCAUUUUAUAUGAAAAAAGAAAAGAUUACCACUCAUGUUCGCAAUUUGGCUGUUUUUGGCUAGCACUAAUGUAGGAUCAUAUUUUGGAUGAUUCCAAUAUAUCCACUUGAGUAUUUGACAUAUCGUUUUAUUGUUUGAACUAGAAAUUUUCAUAUAGUACUGCCACUGCAACUGUUGCUGCUGCACACUACACUGCACACUCUUCAUGCAAGAAUAUUUUUCUGUAAUUUCAUAUUUUGUUGAUUUAAAUAAAUUUAUUACUGGGACCAGGUAGCAAUUAGACAAUGAAAGACCAUGGUAGUAAAUUAAACCAUUAAUAGUGGUUAGCUGUUUUAUAGGACCCAAUUUUUUUGACAAUAAGCUCGUCCAUGUGGUGUCCAUAGGUUACAACAGAGACGAUUGAAUGCCCAAAGGCGCGGCCAAGUUUAUUAAGCAAUACAAUCCACAUACUUGAAGAGUUUAUACAUGUUUACAUGUGCAUUAUACACUUUCGGCAUACAAUGUGAAUUCAAAACUUAAUACACUUUCAAAGAUCUUAUGAGAUUGUAGAUCUUGUAGGGUACUUUGAGGUAUAUAUGAUCAUACAUUUAUGUGUAUGUAUAUCAAAACAUCAAUGCUCCCUUCAAUCAGAAUGAGUGAAUUUAGGCGAGAAGGAUAUGGUGACAAAAAUUAACUAGGCGAGAAUAAAUGGAAUCUGUAAAAGUUCAUAACUCUCUUCAUUUACUGCAUUUUAUUUACCCAAGCUUAAAUUAGAGUUCUGAUUCUGUUAAUUUAGGAUGAAUGGUCAUCCUCUUACUAUGUCAUUUCUUCGAUCUUUCUUCUACUUUGCUCCAGCAUAUCUAGUUUUGUUAGCUUCUCAUCAUGUUCAACUAUUUGUUUUCUUUCUCUGAGAUAGAACGCUACAGAGAAAUGAUAGAUCUACCUUCUUUUUUAUGGAUAUCAAGUGUUACAAAUAUAUGGUAGUAUCUGUUAUUUAAAGCUUUAGUAUUUAAAUGGGUCGUGUCUUUUUCUAUCUUGAAGUAAAUAAUUAAAUUCUCAACCAUAAGAAAUUAAUUCCAACAGCACAGAUCAUGAAAGUUCCUUACAAGACGCUAUUAAUUGUACCUCACCUAGAAUGGCCAAGGCUGUCAUCUUUUGGGAUUAAUAAGAUCAACAUAUACCCACCGGACCAAUUUAUACUGCAUUAUUCAGUAUUAAUUUUGUCAUGCUUAAAUGGAGGGCUAUGAAUCUUGAAGCAACAGAACAGUGGCACCAAGAGGAAUGUUAUAGAAUAAAUAUAUUACAGAUUGUUAAAUUAUUAUAUAUAUUUUUAAAGCUGAGAUUUAUUUACAGUAACAUUGCUCCGAAAUUGUGAUAGAGAGGAUAAACACGCAUUACUUGCAGAAUUAGCUUUGAUGAGACUUUAUAUCUAAGUUGGAGAGAUUUACAUAUAUAGAAAGUGAGUUCUGUUAACUUAUAGACGGUGUACGAUAAUCCAGUGUUGUAAACUCGAUUCAAAUAUAGCUGUACCGAUAGAGACAGCUUUAUCUGUCAACAUGCUAGCUUCAUUAUGAUUCUACGCGUAUAAAUAUCAACUCUGAUCAUGCCAUGCUUCUGUCAAUCUUCCCUUGUCCUCUCUUUAUAACCCGAGCUCUGGAAGGCAGCUAAAAGUGCAGUGAUCUGUUAGAAAGACUCAUGGCGCUCAAGAGAGGUAGCAGCAGCAGCAAUCUUGUUCUUCUUUGCAUUUUCCUCGCGCUGUUUGCAAUCCCCUGUUUCGCAAAAGGGAAAGUGGAUGCAGAAGGAAUUGAUACAGAAAUAUACGAGAUAGAUUACAGAGGACCUGAAACUCACACAUACACUCUUCCUCCUCCAAGCAAAGGUCGUGCCGGAGCACAUAGUAAAUCUAAAGGCCCGGUGACUGCACGCAGAACUGGACCAAGUGCUAAAAAGAUUUAUGGAUGAAGCUGUACGUGCAAUGGACUUGGAAUUCCAGACUUGCAGUAUUAAAGUUGAUUUAUUCAUUUAUAUUGGAUAUGCAGUUUAAAAUGUGGAUUGAUCGACUUAUGUGAUCCACCAAGAGUCAUAGCAGUGCCCUUGUAUGGCAGAGACCCAAGCUUUGCUGGUCUGUAUAAAAAAAAUGUGUAAUGUGUAUUUAAUUGCGAUAUUUGAAUAUGGCUUAAUAUUGUUGCUUUCGUGUUUCUGCUGUAAAUUCAAUGGGUAUGAGAAAUAUUUUCAUCGA